UUUUCUUUCUUUCGGAAAAACGUGGACGAAUAUCGUUAUCCAAAAAGAGAAUGCCUCGUCAAUGUUUGAGAGUGACAAGGAACCUUGACGGUGCUUGACAAUGCGAUCCGAUGUACCACCGUGAUCUUUGUGCGUGUCAAUUUAUACUAUCCCAACUUAUUCUUGCGAUAUUCGCUGGUGAUACAUCGAACCAAGUGCGUACACGCUGUUUCCUCAAGUUCUGAUAAACUUGUCCAGUACAUUGAACAGCAGUAUUUCGUUCGGAUAUAUAGAAUGUCUGUGCUUGCACACAAUUGAUGAUUAAUACAAGGUAAAGAUGCCAGGUCGAACUAAAGCAAAUCGGUCCAACUCUCUGCCAACAGAUUGGAAAACUCGAUUGGCCAAGUUUCAAGAUGAAAAUAAAGAGGAGAGAAAAGUAGCGAAGAAAAGCGAAAAGUUUGAAUCGAGAGAAUAGUAGAUCGAUCGAGUUCGCUCCCGACCUUGAUGACCUAAAAAGCGGCUCUCCGUUCGGCAGAAUCGAUUCGUCAGGAUGACGGUACUUGAAGGCUGAGAAGAUACUAUUCGAGCAAGGUCGGGAAGGAAGAGAAGAGGGAAAAGAAGGUAGAUCGAUGGUUGUUUAAAAAUGCGCGGGGACUUGCGCGUUCAGUUGAACAACACGUUACAUUGAGAAAGAAGAGCAGACGGAAGAGAAAAAAUGACUGGCAGUAGUAGUAGUGAACUAAAUCCGGAAGUUGGGGUGCGUGGCGAGGGUGGAAAGCACACGGUUCAUUGGUUUCGCAAAGGUCUCAGGCUCCACGACAAUCCAUCGUUGAGAGAGGGUCUCGCCGGAGCGUCUACCUUUCGUUGCGUGUUCGUUUUGGAUCCAUGGUUCGCCGGCAGCACCAACGUUGGCAUCAAUAAGUGGAGGUUCCUGCUACAGUGCUUGGAAGACCUCGACUGUUCUUUGAGGAAAUUGAACUCGAGACUAUUCGUAAUACGAGGACAGCCGGCGGACGCUUUGCCAAAAUUGUUCAAAGAAUGGGGUACCACGAACCUGACCUUCGAGGAGGACCCAGAGCCAUUCGGACGCGUCCGGGAUCAUAACAUCUCGGCACUUUGUAAGGAGCUUGGUAUCUCGGUGGUGCAAAGGGUCUCGCAUACUCUCUACCAGUUGGACGAGAUCAUCGAGAGAAACGGAGGGAAGCCACCGUUGACUUAUCAUCAAUUUCAAAAUGUCGUUGCUAGUAUGGACCCUCCGGAACCACCGGUGUCAACUAUUACCUCUGCCUGCGUAGGCUCGGCCUAUACUCCUUUGAAAGAGGAUCACGACGAUCAUUACGGCGUUCCGACGCUCGAAGAACUUGGCUUCGACACGGAGGGACUCCUUCCACCUGUAUGGGUUGGAGGUGAGAGCGAGGCUUUGGCACGGCUGGAGCGACAUCUCGAAAGGAAAGCUUGGGUGGCCAGUUUCGGAAGACCAAAAAUGACACCGCAAUCGUUGUUGCCCAGUCAGACCGGUCUCUCUCCCUACUUACGAUUCGGAUGCCUGAGCACUCGACUGUUUUAUUAUCAACUCGCCGAUCUCUACAAGAAGAUAAAGAAAGCCAUACCGCCGCUGUCGUUGCACGGACAGCUUUUAUGGCGCGAAUUCUUCUACUGUGCCGCGACGAAAAAUCCAAAUUUCGAUCGGAUGCAGGGUAAUCCGAUUUGCGUGCAAAUUCCUUGGGACAAAAACGUCGAGGCGCUCGCGAAAUGGGCAAACGGCCAAACGGGAUUCCCGUGGAUCGACGCGAUUAUGACACAAUUGAGGGAAGAAGGUUGGAUACAUCACUUAGCUAGACACGCUGUCGCUUGUUUCUUGACCAGAGGCGACCUUUGGAUCUCCUGGGAAGAAGGAAUGAAGGUGUUCGACGAGCUGUUGUUAGACGCCGACUGGUCGGUUAACGCUGGAAUGUGGAUGUGGCUAUCGUGUAGCUCUUUUUUUCAACAAUUUUUCCAUUGCUAUUGUCCAGUGAGAUUCGGUAGGAAAGCAGAUCCGAAUGGCGACUACAUUAGGCGGUACUUGCCGAUACUGAAAAAUUUUCCCACGAGAUACAUUCACGAGCCAUGGAACGCACCGCUUAGCGUGCAACGUGCAGCCAAAUGUAUCAUCGGCAAAGACUACUCACUGCCAAUGGUCAAUCAUAGUAAGAGCUCCCGGAUCAACAUCGAGAGAAUGAAACAGGUCUAUCAACAGUUGCAUAAGUACCGUGGAAACGGUGCCUCCCUUAAAGGAGAAACUGUUGGUUUACUGAACACGUUACCACCGCCACCGCCACCUCCAGUAAAGAAGAACGAAGAGGAAAAGAAAAAAACGAAGCAGUCUCCAGCACCUCCUUCGGAAAAUCAGCCGAAGAUGGAAGGUGUUUCUAAAACAGUGCAACAUCAGCAACAGCACCACCAUCAACACCAACAUCUACAUCAGCAUCAGCAUCAACACCAACAUCAACGUCAACAAUAGCGGUGGGUGCAGCGACGUCACGGCAACGAUAAGGCGACAAUCCGACGGAACGAAAUCACAUUAUUUCCCAUCUUUGUUUAAUUCAUACUUAUUUAUUUAUUUGCCUUGCUAAUUUAACGACUGUUUGAAAAUCGCUACGAAUCAUCGUGUUUCACUGCAACUUAUCGUAAUGCAAUUGCUCUAUCUUUACUUCGAGAACAGUUUAGUUUAAGAAAUUCUCAACAACGAAUGCGACACGGUUGCGUUGGAUACGUUCGGACGAUCACCUGUAUUUCAAAGUACAUUUCGUAAUAAGAAAUAC